AUGCAUGGGGUGUAUCUGGGCAAAAACAGAGAGCUGGCGGCUGACUUUGAUAUUGUGAAGUGGUUUCGGUUCUCCAAUAAGUCUGUGGUCAGAAUGAAAUUUGGGAGCUUUGCAAGAUACAAAUCCCAGGAUGCCAACUUCCUCAUUGACCAGGAUAUGAUUAUAAGGUCUCAAUGGUUUAAGAAUAGUUUGCCUCCCUCCAGAUGUGUGGAAAGUUGUGUGCCUGGAUUUUUCAAAGUGGGCCAGGAAGGGAAGCCUGUUUGCUGCUAUGAUUGUGUUCCCUGUGCAGAAGGAUCUUUCUCCUCUCAGGAAGAUGCAGAUUAUUGCACCAAAUGCCCAGAAGAUCAAUAUCCAAAUAAAGAGCGAGAUGUAUGUCUCCCGAAAAGAAAAACCUACCUGGCUUAUAAUGAUAAUCUGGGGGCCAUCUUGGCUUCUCUUGCACUCUUUUUGACCUUAACUACCCUUCUUGUUUUAGCAAUCUUUGUUAAAUACAGAGAAACAGCCAUUGUCAAAGCCAACAACCGGGACCUUUCCUACAUCAUCUUGUUCUCCCUUCUGCUUUCCUAUUUAACUUCCUUCCUCUUCAUUGGCCAGCCAAGGAGAGCUACCUGCCUUCUCCGACAAACAGCCUUUAGUAUCAUCUUCUCAGUUGCUAUAUCUUCUGUCUUGGCCAAAACUAUCACAGUUGUGUUAGCCUUCCUGGCCACAAAGCCAGGAAACAGAGUGAGGAGAUGGCUGGGGAAGCAGUUAGCCAACUACAUCAUUCUUUGCUCUUCCACAGUCCAAGUGGUCAUCUGCAGCAUCUGGUUGGUGGUCUCCCCUCCAUUUUCUGAUUCUGACAUGCACUCCCAACCAGGAGAGAUUGUACUUCAAUGCAAUGAAGGAAUCCUUGCCAUGUUUUAUGUUGCUCUUGGCUACAUGGGCUUCCUGGCUGCCAUCUGCUUCACAGUAGCAUUUCUGGCCCGGAAUCUGCCUGGGGCCUUCAAUGAAGCCAAGAUGAUCACCUUCAGCAUGCUGGUCUUCUGCAGCGUCUGGGUAUCCUUUGUUCCCACCUACCUGAGCACCAAAGGAAAGUACAUGGUGGCUGUGCAAAUCUUCUCCAUCUUGGCUUCCAGUGCUGGCCUGCUGGGCUGCAUCUUCAUCCCCAAAUGCUAUAUUAUCUUAUUAAGAUCAGAUAUGAAUACAAAAGCACAGCUAAUUGUUAAAACAUAG